AUGGUAAAGUUUACAACACGCUUGAGGAGAAGGAGAAGAGGUUUCAGAUCUUCAAAAGACAACCUCAAGCACAUAGAAGACCACAACUCCGGGGGUAAACAUUCCUACAAGCUUGGACUCAACAAGUUCUCAGAUCUGACCAAGGAAGAGUUCCAGUUAGGCUACACCGUCGCCAAUAUUCCUAAACGGAAACUGUCUAACAAUAAGGUGACAACGAGUACUCCCCGCUAUUCUCUUCUUUCCGAUGAUGAUGUGCUGCCUGAUUCCGUUGACUGGAGGACCAAAGGUGCCGUUGCCCCCAUCAAAAAUCAACAAAAAUGUGGGGGCGAUUAUGCAUUCUCAGCUAUCGCAGCAGUAGAAGGGAUAAACCAGAUCGUGACAGGUGAUCUGAUCACACUAUCAGAACAACAAAUCAUUGAUUGUGAUACUGAUGAUACAGUUAACAAUGGAUGCAAUGGUGGUUUUUAUACUGAUGCUUUUACCUUCAUCAUAAAAAAUGGCGGUAUAGACACUGAAGAAGACUAUCCGUUCACGGACGAGUCGGAUUUAAAAUGCAAGAAAAACACAAAAGUUGUUUCCAUUGAUGGUUAUGCAGAUGUUCCGGUGAACAACGAGACAGAAUUAAAGAAGGCCGUUGCAAACCAGCCUAUAGCUGUUGCUCUUAAACUCAAAAUGGAUGAUUUCCAGUCAUACACUGCGGGUAUCGAUGGUGAUUGUGGAUCCGAACUGAGCUUAAGUUUAGUUAUAGUUGGCUACGGGACUGAAAAUAGUGAAGACUACUGGCUAUUGAGGAACGCAUGGGGUACAAAUUGGGGGGACGAAGGCUACAUAAAAUUGAAACGCAAUGUAAAUGAGAUAACCGGUAAAUGUGGGAAUAGCCGAAUUGGCAUCUUACCCGAUCAAAACCAGUCAGAACCCAUCAAACCCCACAGGGGAAGAGAGAAAAGAAAACGGCCAUUGAUCAUGUGA